AUGGCGCCUACUCCAAGUUUAAUCUCUCAUGCUUUCCGCCUGUGUUUCUCCUCCAAGAUCGCGUUCGUCCUUCGCCUCGUCCUCGGAUGCGCUGCAUUUGCGCUCGUAGUCUUUACGUACAUCUGCUACUGGACCAUGUUUGCCACCGGCCUCUCGCCGCAGGCGGAGGAGUUCCGCGACACGUGGGACUCGUGCGUGACGCAGCGCGCGGGACAUCUAUUCAAGCUAAACAUGCUGUCGGAUCUGCAUUCGCAGAAGUGCACGGAUCUGGUAGAAGCCGCCGUCGCCAAAGGGGAGGCAUUGAUGGCGCGCGGGCGGGACUUGCGUGAACGCGGGGAGGCGGAGCACCAGGUUGCUGACGGGUGCACGGUGACGUACGACGCGAGGGCGGAUCCGUGGGAUAACCAUCCGCUGCCUCCUAACAGGUUCUCCCAGUCGGGAUCAUGCCUGCUGGAGUGGGUAAUCUACUCGUCUGAAUGCGGGGUAAACAUGGUGCGCCUCGCGGAUUUCGCGCACAUGGCGGGGAUCAGCUUCUCCAUAAUCGGAAGCCGCCAGCCGUGGACGGGCCAAGGCGGCCGCCUGCGCGCCAUCCGCGACUUCCUCGCGGCGCUGCCGCGCGAUCGCGUCGUGAUCACCACCGACGCCGACGACGUCUUUCUCAUGCCGCACCCCAGAUGCCGCCCGCAAAACUUCCUCGACGCCUUCUUCGCGCUCAACGCGCCCGUAGUUUUCGGCGCGGAGAUAUUCUGCUGGCCGGAUUGGAAGAAGCUAGAGCCGUACUUUCCUCAUAAAAGAGAUUCGUCUGUGAAUCGGUUUCUUAAUGCGGGAGCUUAUGGCGGGUACGCGUGGGCGGUGGCGGAGAUCAUCGAUCUGAUCUACGUGCGCGACUGCAUGCAGGACCAGCGCGGGUUCAUUCUCGCGUUCCUCGCGCAGCAGUACCUCUUCCGCGACAUGCCGCGCGCGCCCAACCCCGACCCCUCCGCCGUGCGCGCCGCGUGGGAAUCGCCGAGCGACGUGGCGGAGGCGGUGCGCGCGCAGGCGGAGGCGGCGGAGUCGGCGAGCAGAGCGGCGUGGCGGAACAACCGCACGGUGCAGUUCGACUCCGCCAUGUCGCCGUUCCACCGCCUGCCCGCCAAGCCUAAGCAGCGCGUCAUGGACGAAGCGCGGCGCGCCGGGCACAGGGGCGCGGCGGCGGUGAUGGCGGCGCCGUUCAUGAAGCUGGACCACUACAGCUCGCUGUUCAUGCACCUGGGGGGUCUCAACUGGGACAACUUCACGAUUCUGGGUACAGGGGAGCAGGCGCUGGUGCGACAGCCAACACGCCCUCAUCAGCUGCAGAUCGUGUUGGCUGCUGUCUCUGCAGCACUUCACUGUGCGUUAUCUCGCUAUCUCCCAGGUUGGGUUCUCCUAGAAGUCACCCAAUCUGGCUCCUACCUUUUGCAAGUGGAGCAACGGAAAGGCAGGUAG